AAGAAAGAAAGAAAGAAAGAAAGAAAGAAAGAAAGAAAGAAAGAAAGAAAGAAAAGACCAGCCUCUCCAACUUUCUGCGAGUCAUUCCCGGAAAUUGUCUCGUGGAGCUGCUCGGUCUCUCCUGCUCAACUCUGGGGAAAGCCACGACUUCGGGCAAUUCUUCCUCGAUUUCCCUUGCGCAUUUCCUCUUUCUGCAGCGCAGCUUUCCUUUCCUUUCCUCACGUGCCUCCGUUUUCGUGGCGAAGGAUCGCUUGGGAGGCCGCGUCCUCCUUCCAGAGCGCCCUGAGCGGCGGAGAGGAACGCGGCGGAGCUAGAGAGCAGUUGCUGUGCGACUUGCGAUGGGAUCGAAGCUCUCUGUUGAUGAUUCUGUCCGCGUCGUAAUCGUUGGAGGGGGCUUUGGGGGGAUCGAAGCUGCUCGCCUCCUGCAGGAUUGGGGGAUCCCCUUCCUCCUCGUGGACAUGAGAGACGCCUUCCACCACAACGUGGCUGCUCUGCGGGCUUCUGUACAGGGAGGCUUUGCAAAGAAAACCUUUAUCUCCUUCUCUGGGACCUUCAAAGAAAGUUUCCAGCAGGGCAAAGUAGUUGGGAUCGAUUUGGAGAAACAUCAGGUCCUAUUGAACGAUGGUAAAGAGCUUUCAUUUUCUCACCUGAUCCUUGCCACUGGGAGUAAAGGGCCUUUCCCUGGGAAGUUUAAUGAACUUACUAGCAUGGAGAUGGCUAUUCAGGCUUAUGAGGACAUGGUCAAGGAGGUGGAAAGAGCUGCUCGGGUAGUAAUCGUAGGUGGCGGUUCUGCUGGUGUCGAAAUGGCUGCAGAAGUUAAGACAACAUAUCCUAACAAAGAGGUCACACUAAUUCAUUCAAAAAUGGCAUUGGCAGAUGUCGAGCUCCUUCCGAGAGUCAGGGAGGCAGUGAAGGAAACUCUUCAACAGCAGGGUGUGCACCUUUUGUUGGAUCAGAAAGUUUCUAACCUCCAUAUGCUGUCCUUAAACCAAUUCAAGGAGAACAUGAUGGUGAAGACUGAUAAAGGUACAGAGGUUACUGCUGAUCUGGUUAUUCUCUGCACUGGAAUAAAAAUCAACUCUUCAGCAUAUAGCAGUGCAUUCAGAGACAAGCUGGCAAAUAAUGGUUCUUUGAAAGUGAAUGACUACCUUCAGGUUGUGGGAUAUGAUAAUAUCUAUGCCAUUGGUGACUGUGCUGAUGUGAAAGAGCCAAAGAUGGCAUAUCAUGCUGAGCUCCACGCGAAUGUUGUGGUGACCAAUAUUAUCAACAGUCUGACUCAGAAGCCUCUGAAAACCUAUCAACCAGGAUCACUUACCUUCCUGAUCUCCCUGGGAAGUAAUGAUGGAGUGGGACAAAUCAGUGAAUGGUAUGUAGGGCAUCUCUUAGUGACUGUUGUCAAAAGUAAAGAUCUUUUCAUCUCAAAAAGUUGGAAGAAGAUGCAUCAGCAUAUGCCAAGCUAGAAAUGGAACUGCCAAAAACAAAAACAGAACUGAUGGUACCUGUGAUGAAUUAGUAAUGCAUAUUUUGCUUCCAUUAAAAGUGGCAAUUGUCUUUAGGAAACUAAGCAUAAAACCUAGAUUGUAGAUUGUAUCAGUAGAUCUUGGCAGAAACUAUAUUUCACGUUAGGCUAUGGAGUUUGUAUGUUGUUAAUCAGCUAACAUGGAUUUUGUAAAAUUGAUCUGAAUUAAAGUUUGAAUGGAAGAAU